AUGGAGCAAAAGGAAGAUGAGAGCUGGAGGGAAAUGAUGAGAAAGAGUAUAAAAGGUCCUUCAGUAUCCUAUGAAGUUCCUAGAGUUGAACCUGUGGGUGUAAAUAUACGGACAAUUCCAACUGCAGAAACAUUCUCAGAAUCACAAAGUUCAGCAGCUAAUGGAAGUCCCCCGGUGGUUGAACCAAUCCCUUUGCCUGUGUCUUGUAUUGUUGGUGUCACAAGUUCUCCUCCUCAGAGUCCAAGAGGAUCAGCAAGCUCAGAAUCAGUAGUGUCAGUGCUGCAAAACCCUGAAUUUUCUUCGGCUUCACCUUCUGCUUCGCCUGGGUCGGUCAAGAAUCCUCCUAGAAACCUGCCAAAACUAGUUGUUAAUGAAGUAAAGAAAGGACCUGUUGUCACAUUUAAUACUGUUGAUAGAUCUGCCAGAAAAGAGGUUGAUGUGGAGAAGCCAGCUUUUCCAGAAUAUGUUGGGGUUUCCAAAGAGAAGAAAAAGAAAAAAAGAAGGGUCUGUUACAGGUGCGGAAAAGGGAAGUGGGAAACUAAGGAAUCAUGCCUCGUUUGUGAUGCCAAGUACUGCAGCAAUUGUGUGCUUAGGGCAAUGGGGUCAAUGCCUGAGGGGCGUAAAUGUGUGACCUGUAUUGGUGAGCCAAUUGAUGAAUCAAAGCGAUUGAAAUUGGGUAAACAUUCAAGGGUAUUAUCGCGAUUGCUUAGUCCUUUGGAAGUUAAACAAAUAAUGAAAGCUGAGAAAGAGUGUUCUGCUAAUCAACUCCGACCAGAGCAGCUGAUUGUGAAUGGGUUCCCUUUAAAGCCUGAAGAGAUGGUCGAAUUACUGGGAUGCCCUUUACCUCCAAGGAAGUUGAAGCCUGGUAGAUAUUGGUAUGACAAGGAAUCUGGUCUCUGGGGCAAGGAGGGAGAAAAACCUGAUAGAAUCAUCAGUUCAAACUUAAAUUUCCCAGGAAAACUGAGCUCUGAUGCGAGUAAUGGGAAUACUGAAGAGCUCGAGUAUUAUCAGGAUUUUCAAGCAGAUUGUCCAGGAGAUGAUGUCAAAUUUCAGAAAAUAAUAGAAAAUGAGCGGAUUUAUGAUUUCUUGGCUGGUCUGAAUGCCGAAUAUGAUCAGAUACGGGUCCAGACUAACGGAAUUGUGACUAUUGUGGGAAGCCGAGACACACUAAGGAGACUUGUUGGAAAUUGUAUGGACGACCCACUAGAGGACGGUGGGGAAGAAAAGGUGGGCCUAUGA